AUGGGUUUGUAUGAUCAUUGGAUUAAUCUUAUUCAUCAAUAUGUUUAUAUUGUCUCUUAUUCUGUGUUAUUGAAUGGCAGUCCUACUGGUUUUAUUAAACCUGAAAGAGCUCUUAGACAGGGAGAUCCUCUAUCUCCGUAUCUUUACAUUAUCUGCUCUGAAACUUUAUCUGCCUAUUUCGAUAACUUAACCAGUAAAGGCUUAGUAAAAGGGAUUAAUGUCUGUAGGAAUUCCCCUUGUAUGACACAUCUCAUGUUUGCUGAUGAUUCCCUCUUGUUUUCUAAAUCUACUGAAAAAUAUUUUAGAACUAUAAAAGACUAUCUUCAAAAGUAUUGCUUAGCUUCUGGCCAGGAAAUAAUUUUUGAUAAGUCUGGUAAUUUGUUUAGUAAAAAGUUACCCACCCCACUUAUGAAUCAUUUAUCUAAUAUUCUGGAUAUCCACAAUAGAGAUUUAUGA